GGCUGGUGGCUGUUUCAAUCAAAGGGAAGGCAGAGGGAAGGGAGGCUCUGCGGAGAGAUGUAAGAUGGCAGAGCUACAAAUGUUGUUAGAGGAAGAGAUCCCAGCCGGUAAAAGAGCGCUUGUAGAGAGUUACCAAAACCUCACCAGAGUAGCAGACUACUGCGAGAACAAUUAUGUCCAGGCCCAGGACAAGAGGAAAGCUCUGGAGGAGACCAAAGCCUAUACCACCCAGUCCCUGGCCAGCGUAGCCUACCAGAUCAAUGCCUUAGCCAACAAUGUACUGCAGCUGCUGGACAUCCAGGCUUCGCAGCUGCGGCGCAUGGAGUCCUCCAUCAACCACAUCUCCCAGACCGUGGACAUCCAUAAAGAGAAGGUAGCCAGGCGGGAGAUCGGGAUCCUGACCACCAACAAGAACACGUCGAGGACCCAUAAGAUCAUAGCGCCGGCUAACAUGGAGCGGCCAGUCAGGUACAUCAGGAAGCCUAUUGACUACACUGUACUGGACGAUGUCGGCCAUGGUGUUAAGCAACAUGGAAACAAUCAGUCAAUUAGAGGAGGAACGCUAUCGAGGACCAAUCCACCGACGCAGAAGCCACCGAGCCCUCCGAUGUCAGGGCGUGGCACGCUCGGACGCAACACGCCCUACAAGACCCUGGAGCCAGUGAAGCCGCCCACGGUGCCCAACGACUACAUGACCAGCCCUGCCCGACUAGGCAGCCAGCACGGCCAGCAGCACAGCCCCGGACGCACGGCGUCACUCAACCAGAGGCAACGCACACACAGUGGAAGCAGCGGGGGUAGCAGCAGCAGGGAGAACAGUGGCAGCAGUGGAAUUGGCAUUCCCAUCGCAGUGCCUACACCCUCCAUUCCCAUUUCUGGACCAGUUUCACCUAUGUCUGCUCCCCCGGGAGCCCCUCCGCCUCCCCCACCCCCUCCUCCUCCUCCUCCUCCUCCUCCCAUGGCCGGGCUCGCCCCACCAGCACCACCACCACCACCACCACCACCCAUUGCGGUGGCCCCUGGGCCUGGUCUGGGCCCCGCUCCAGUGUCCCAGUUUGGAACCAUCUCGCGGCAGAUUUCGCGGCACAAUCCCUCCAACUCCUCUGUCUCUAUGAUUUCGGCCACGGGCACCUACCGCCGGGCUCCGUCGGUCACUUCCCAGUUCUCCUUGCAACAACAGCAACAACUACAACAGCAGCAACAGCAGCAGCAGCAGCAACAGCAGCAGCAACAGCAGCAACAACAGCAGCCUCAUAUUAAUGGAGGCACUCCUGGCUACAGCCAGAACUCAAUGUCUAUCGCUCCUCCUCCUCCCCCCAUGCCCCAGCUGACUCCACAGAUACCUCUGACUGGCUUUGUGGCCAGGAUGCAGGAGAGCAUUGCAGAUACUCCUACUCCACCUCCCCCUCCCCCUCCGGAUGACAUGCCCAUGUUUGACGACUCUCCUCCCCCUCCGCCACCUCCUCCAGUGGAUUAUGAGGAGGAGGAUGCUGCUGUUGUGCACUACAACGACCCCUACGCUGAUGGAGACCCACAGUGGGCUCCCAAGAGCUACACCGAGAAAGUGGUGGCCAUCUACGACUACACCAAGGACAAGGAUGACGAGUUGAGCUUCAUGGAGGGAGCUAUCAUUUAUGUCAUCAAGAAAAACGACGACGGCUGGUUCGAGGGCGUCUGCAACGGCGUCACCGGCCUGUUCCCCGGCAACUACGUGGAGUCCAUCAUGCACUACGCCGACUGAAGGGACCUCGCAGUAACAGUACAGUCUAUUUAUUCAGUCAUAUCAUAAUCCACUGAGAGACUGACAACAGCAAUCUUCUGAGACAUAUAGACAUAACUGUAUGAUCCCCUUUUGAUAUGACAGAAUGUUCUUUCCCUAACUGAUUGCAAAUAAAAUGAAAAGUAAUAUCUAUUUAGUUUAUUUUGGUGUUAUAUGGGCGGGUAGGGGACAUUUAUGGAAUAUGUACACGUGCUCACACGAGUUGAACUCAAAGACGAUGGUCACACUGCUGAAGGAUGUACAUCUUGCCUGGACAAAGAUUUGUGAUUCAGAACUGAAUCCUCUGUGAACAAGAGUAUUAGGUUUUAUGGAACAAAUAAAAUGUUAAUGUCAUUUACGCACCUUCAGUUGAAGUGUUUGUACUGUCAGCUGUAUAUAAUGUGAGCUGCAGCCACCUGGGUUUCUGUAAUGUAAAUUCAGUGAAUGUCGAUUAUAUGAUAGUUUUCAUUAGUGGAGCCCUCCUCGACGCCUGACACAGAUGGCCUGUCAAUAAUUUACCCAUUUAAAUACUGUAAAUGGUAUUUCAAAGAAACAGUUACUCCUGAAAAUCAGCCUUGGCGUUAAAGCAUGCAAAAUUUUAAGAGAUAAUGUAAUCUUAAGUUUAUUGCCAUUAUGCUUCCAUUAUGUUGUAAGUGUAUUCACCUUUUUCUUUAAGUUUUAUUCCACUGUUGUAGUCACUGAACUUUUUUAGACUGAAGUGAAUUUCAGGCUUUCCCCAUGGUCUCACCUCUUAAAAUGCAGAUUUGCAUUUGAGCUUAAAUGUCCUAAAAAUGAAAUGGAGUUUGCUCUGUCAUGCAUUUCUAUCUGUUUGAAGCAAGAAAACACAUUCCAUUUUUUUUUUUUGGCUUAUUAGUAAGCAUUUUAAGAGUAUGUCACAUCACUGUUAUUAAUUAUAUACUAAUCUACACAAAAUCUAUAAGAUCAAUUGGUAACUGGCAAUAAUAGACUUUGGUUCUGUUAGACAGCAGGUGGUGUGCAGUGACAGUUAGACUGGAAUUGUCGUGCCUAACACUGCCAUGCGACAAUUCAGAUGUAAUGUAGUAGACCAAUAGACAACUCUAAUACCUCCUCAGUCUUCUCAAAGCAACAACGACCUGCUCUGGGUUCAAGGACCAUGUUGAAUGCUCUGAACAUGAAAUCCUUUGGGCUGCACAGGUGUACAUAUUUAACUCAAUUCAAAUCAGCCAAUCAACAUUAGGUUUCACUCAGGUCUUGGAAUCAUCUUGAUAACAUUGUAUUUUUUUCUGUUAGCCCUCUAACAUUCAUUUUACAUGAUCUUGACUGUAAAAUGCAAGGUUAACCUGCAGUGCUCACCAUUUACCAUUUUAGGACACUGCAGCUAAUGCCUUGAUAUUUUGCCAAUUUGCUUUAGUAUUUCCAAUUUAAAAAAAAACAACAUGUUUCGGCUCAAUUUCAUGGGUAGAAAUCUUGAAAUCUGUCUCUCUGUCUGCCCUUCAUUUGUACAUAUAAAAUGUUGAUUGAAAAAUUAAUGUACAGUCUUUUAUAAUAAACGAUUCUAUGUACAACA